CAAGUUUGUUGCCGCUGCCAGCCAGCCCGGGCCGGGACGGACGCGGAUGGUGGUGGGCUCAACCUCCUUUGCUCGCAGCGGCGACACUUGCACAGCUGACCAAACUCUGCUCCUGCAAAGCAAAACGCCUUCUAGCAGCAGCAGUGCUUUGCUACAGGUUUUGUUUGACCUCGUUUCUCCUCGAGAGUCGAACGUCAUCAUCGCCCACAUCUUGUCGUUGGAUUCCCCCGCGCGUCUGGCAGAAUAAGGCGCGCCAGGCGUGAAGGAGAAUUUUCGACACGGCCUCACUCUGUCGCCCUCGCCGCCAUGCCGCAACGGACGCGGUCCAAGCCAAAGCUGCCAGUGCAGCAGCUGGCUAUCCUAGGUACGAUGAGCCCGUUACCGCACCCCCCGCCGUUCAUUCAAGCAUGUACUUCAUUCUACGUUGUCUACCUGCCGUCCGCCGUGGCGAGAUGCGCUUCUUGUACCCUAUCCGCGGACGUAACGAGGGCCUGAUUUCUUGUUCAGACCAAGGGACGAUGCCAUGACAUCAUAAAGGCGAGCCAUCAAGUCUAGCAUCGUGUCCUGCUUCGGUUCGAGAGGCUGCCUGCUUUCUGCUGCGGGUGCUCCGUCAGGCUGUCGCGCGCUUCGCCGAGCCCCUGGCAUACACGUCCGUCUUCCCGUAUCUGCCAGAGAUGAUUCGGGACUUCGGUAUCGAGCAAAACCAGGUCGCCAAGUGGGCCGGCUUCACGUCCGCCAUGUUCUCAGUAGCCCAGGCCGUCGCCGCGGUCCCCUGGGGCAAAGCCGCCGACCGCUUCGGCCGCAAGCCUAUCCUGCUGUGCGGCCUCAUCAGCACCAUGCUGGGCUUCAUCGUCUGGGGCAUGUCCACCAGCCUCGCCAUGGCAAUUACCGUGCGGGCCUUUAUCGGCGGCGGCAACGGCAACGUCGGCAUCAUCAGAACAAUGGUGGCUGAGAUGGUCCCUGAAAAGGAGCUCCAACCCAGGGCCUUCUCCGUGAUGCCUCUGGUGUGGUCUCUUGGCUCCGUCCUGGGCCCGGCCUUUGGUGGCUUCUUCGCCCAGCCCGCGAGGCAAUACCCAGAUGUGUUUGGCAACAUCGAGUACUUCAAACACUUCCCUUACGCUCUGCCCAACCUGAUAGCCACCGUCUUCUUCCUCAUCUCUGCUGCUAGCGCCGCCCUUUUUCUCAAAGAAACCCUGGCCUCGAAACGCGACCGCAAGGACUGGGGUCUUUUAGUCGGUGAACGUGUCUCCCGCGCGUUUAGUAGAAACGCGGGACACACGCACCGGAGGAGGACCUCGUUUGUCGACGGCGAAGCCACGGCGCCGCUCGUCCCGAGCAAGGUCCAGCCGCCGAGGAAGCUCGAGGAUGGGCCGGCCCCCGGGUUCAAGGACGUCUUCACCCGCCAGACGGUCAUCAACCUGGCCGCUUACACCUUUCUUGCCCUUCACUCCGUCGCCUACGACCAGAACAUCACCGUUUUCCUCAACCACCCGGUCAUGGAGCACACCCCCGAGAACACCAAGCUCCCCUUCUACUUCAACGGUGGAUUUGGCCUCAAGUCGGGCAAGAUCGGCACCAUUUUCACAAUCUACGGAAUCACCUGCGGGCUCAUCCAGUUCAUUCUGUAUCCGCCCUUGGUGCACCGCUACGGCGUGCUGCACUGCUUCCGAGUGUGCUGCGUCAUGCUGCCGUUUGUCUACUUUCUGACGCCUUACACCUCGCUGUUCCCCACGGAAAACGGCCGACUCGCGGCGCUGAUGGCCGUCAUGAUCUUCAAGGCCUUUGCCAUCAUCGUCGCCUUCCCCUCGACGACCAUCCUCCUGACAAACUCGUGCACGUCGCUCCGCAUCCUCGGCACGCUCAACGGCUUCGCCACGGCCUGCAGCGGCAUCGGCCGCGCCCUCGGCCCCAGCCUCACGGGCAUGGCCUUCACCUGGGGCGCCGACCACGGCUACAUCAUCUCUGCGUACUUUUUCCUCGGCUUCUUCGCCAUCCUGGGCGCCAUACCCGCCUUCAUGAUUGUCGAGGGCGACGGUCCCACCGCGGCGUCGGCGGACAACAGCGACUCAGACGAUGGCGAGGAGGAGACUCUUGUCGACAGUGCGGCCGCCGCCUUUUUGGACGAGUCGGCCGUGGUGGACGACUCGGACGAUGAUGACAUCGAUGAUGAUGCUCGAGCCACCGCCCCGCUUCUCGGAAACAAGAAACAGAAGAACACGACUACGUACCAGGCCAUUAACGGCGGAAGCAGGUAGGAGGUAGCUAAUGUGUUGCAUGGGAGGUGAGCGCGCAGCAUGAGCCGACGAAGCCAUGUGUUACAUACACACACAGAGAGAGAGGGACAUUGCAUGACGGAGGUGGAUUUUAGGAUUGAUAUAGAUUGAUGUCGGCGUGUCUUUGUAUAUUUGAAGCGAGGCAUGUGCAUGGCCGGCGUCGGGUGGUUUUUUCAAUUUCAAUUUGUUUUUUUUUUCAUUUUCCGUUUAAAAACGGGGGAUUUGCAAUUGUCGAGAACAUACGUGAAGAUGAGUGAGUACAUGGGUGUACACACCAAAGAGCAUACCCUGGUUGUAUACCUAUGUGAU